AUGGCUUUCUCUCUGUGGUCUCAACUUUCCCUUUUCAUUGUCUUGCUUGUAGUACAAACUCCAGGGGAGGCUGCAACAUGCAGUGACUGUUUCGUUCAUUCUCGGGCAAGUUAUUAUCCGAAUUCUGAAGCGCAAGGAACAGAUAGUGCUUGUGGGUUUGGUUCAUUUGGAGCAACCAUCAACGGAGGGGAUGUCUCAGCUGCCUCUGACCUCUAUCGCAAUGGCGUCGGAUGUGGUGCUUGUUACCAGGUGAGGUGCACCAACAGCCGCUAUUGCUCAGACAAAGGAGCAACUGUGGUUAUAACUGACCAAGGCUCCGGUCACAACACGGACUUCAUCCUUAGCAAACGAGCCUUUAGCCGGAUGGCUCAAACUACUGAUGCAGCUGCUUCUCUGCUGUCCCUUGGAGUAGUCGAUAUCGAAUACCGACGGGUUUCAUGCAGCUACCCAGGAAAAAAUAUUACAAUCAAGAUUGAUGAGAACAGUAAUUAUCCUCACUAUUUGGCUUUUGUAAUAUAUUACCAGCAAGGGAAGAACGAUAUCACAGCUGUCCAGCUAUGUGAGACACAAAAUUUUGCCUGCAAACUAUUGGACAGGAGCUAUGGAGCAGUUUGGACAACUACCUCACCCCCAAGUGGACCCUUGCAGAUAAGGAUGCUAUUCAGUGAUGAAGAUGGUGAUGAGAAUUGGGUUGUUCCUGAGAAUAACAUACCACAAGACUGGAAAGUUGGACAAACAUAUGACUCAGGAGUUCAAGUGAACUAA